UAAUAAAUGUGCAACAAGGACGUUCGGUAAUUAUUAAAUUACGCGGGUAUCGAGAUCCACCAUUAUUGAGAGGUAAAUGAAUUUACAAUUGUAAUAAAUUCGUUUGGUGCAUGUAUAAGUUGCAUGUAUGAAAAAUAUGUAAAAUAUAUAAAUAUAAAAUGUAGAAGAUAAAAUUAAUACGAUACGUAAGAAAAAUCUAGGAUUGUAAUCUUCCUACACACACACACACACACACACACACACACACACACACAUGUAUAUCAUUGCUUUUUAUAGUGAUUAAUGUCCCCUAUUUCCAAUAUUCAUUGAAAGAACUGCAAACAAUGGCAAAAGAUACGAAAUGGAUUAUAGAAAAAAUUCCAUAUCGGCAAACGGAUUCUUAUGAGGAAUUUACCGACACAGGUAAGAAUGCAUCAGAUACAUCUACUGAAAGUGAUACUCGAUAUAGGAAAUUGAACAGGUUUGAUUGUGGGGAGUGUCUGGUAGGUGAACAAAUUAUCUUACCCCUGAUGAUUAAAAAUGUCGGUGGCGAGGGAAGAUUCUUUAUUAUGAGCGAACUAGAUUGGUGUUCGAUGCACAUCGAGGAUAUUACUAACAAUAAUAUAUUGAUUUUACCAUCUUUUGCUAUAUGGCCUGUGUAUUUUAUCCUCAAACCACAAGAGCAUAUAUAUCUGUACCUCUAUUUCUUCCCUGAUGCUCAUGGAAUGCAUGUGGAAACAUUAUAUAUGAUUUGCAACAAUUGUUCCGUGAUAACGACAGAGAUCAUUGGAGAUGGAGUCAUGUAUGAACAAUAGUAGAGAG